UGUAUCUCAUACUGAACGUGCAGAAGUCGACAUCGACAAAAUGUUGAAUUAUUGAACAUUCAAACGCCAGCCUUUUUUCGUAAACAUCUGAACCUAUUUCGCGUGUUUGUUACAAAUAUAGAUCGUUUUAAUGAUGCAAAUUAUCAAUUUGGUACGGUCUUUUAAUAUUGUCGGUCAUAGACCAAUUUUUACAGCUUACCAACUGAACUGCGGAUUCAAAACUUCACAUCAUUUUUAUGAUCCAGCUGGAGCUGCAUCAACCCAAACGGAAAAACCGAAACGUCCGUUGAAUACUUUCAUAAGAUUCGCCCAGAGUGUUCGUCCUUCUUUAUUGGCCAAACAUCCCAAUGCCACUCCAGCAGAAAUUUCUAAAAUGGCAGCCGCCCAGUGGCAGGUGCUGGACGCUGCUUCCAAAUCUAAGCUCACGGAGGCAUAUAAGAAAGAACAGGAAGUUUGGCUUAUGAAAAAUGCCAAAUAUUUGAAUCAACUUACAGAUCAACAAAAGGACGAAAUUCGACAAGCGCGGUUGCAGAAACAAGAAGAUAAAGAUAAACGUGAACAUCGCAAGCGAGUGAAGGAACUUGGAAGACCAAAACGUCCUCUUAAUGGUUACCUGUUAUAUUGUGCCGAACAUAAAACGACCAGUAUGAGUAGGGAGGAAAAUAAAACACACAUUAAAAAAAUGGCAGAAGUUUGGGGUAAACUAAGUGAAGCGGAAAAACAGCCCUACAAUCAGCGCGCUGCUGAUGCACUUGUAAAAUUCCAUGACGAUUUGUCGAAAUGGGAGGAGAAGAUGAUGUCACAAGACAACAUGGAUGUGGUCCGUCGCAAAAGUAUUAUAAUACCACCAAAGAAAGGAACCAAUAAAUCGAAUAACAGCAAAUAGGAACUCGGGUGUCCCAAUCCAGAUGUAAUCGACAGUGUGUCCUCACCGAUGCCAUAUUCACGACAAACCACUACACUAAACCCGAUAGAAGGCAACAAGAGCCUCUCUAAGGAACCACUGGAUAGGGGCACGUGCGAACCGACAAUAGUGAUAGAAAACCACAACACAAAGAAUAGUCAAGAAACGGUAAAGGAAUCACACCUUACGAGUCAUACAAUUGAAAAGCAAACAAAGAAAGGCAUUGUUCACAAGUUAAAGUCGAUUUUUAAGUUCUGACGCUGGUCUCAGCGCAAGGACAUGGUUUUGAUUUGGCUUGUUUCAUGGUUAUAUUUUUAGAAACCCCAGAUAGUUAUUUGCAUUUCAUGUCCGAGAAAUCAACCGUAAUUUGCAAAUGUCUGGUGUAAUGAUUUUGUAUCCAUUUAAAGAUCAAUUUCGAAUAAAUAUAAAAUAAAUCUUAAUGUAA